UGCACAGUCUAGUCUGCACCGUCAGAAUGUGCGUAGCCGCGAGGUGAAUUGUAGCGGAGGAUUUUCCUGAUGGGCAAGAUGCUCACCCUCGGCAAACUUCUCAAGUCCAUGAAUGAGAAGGGUUCUCGUGUGUUGAUCUUCAGUCAGAUGAUCAGAGUGCUGAAUAUCCUUGAAGAGUAUCGCCUGUUCAGAGGUUUCACGCAUGACGAUCAAAUCGUAGCCAUCGACGAAAACAACAAGCCCGGCAGCGACAGAUUCAUAUUCCUGUUGACUACACGUGCUAGCGGUCUGGGUAAUCAACCUCACCACCGUUGACAGCGCCAUUUUAUAUGAUAGCGAUUAGAAUCUCCCGGCCCAUUUACAAGCUAUGGAUCAAGCACAUCAUAUUGCCCGCUAAGCAAGUCUACGUUUUCCGCUUCAUCACCAAUAACAGUGUCGAGGAGCGCAUGCUUGAGUGUGCUGUGCAGAAACUCCGGCUCGACCAGCUAGUUAUCCAACAAGGUCGCCAACAACAAGCAAAAGCAGGGACGAGCUGCUCGAAAUGAUCACACACGGCGCUGAGAAACUCAUCAAUUCGACCGAU